AUGUCGGUGGCUACCAAAAACCCCUUUGCCUUGCUGGAUGAGGACGAUGCUCGUCCGACGACCCCACCGCCCCAGCCGAAACAGGAGCCUCCUGCACCUGCCUCGUACUCAACAAAAGCCACGCGGCGGUCCGGCAUCGAGAGGGUGGCAAGUAUUACCAGCGCGGCGGUAAAUCUGCCCCAAGGGAUAGCACCCCAACCCAGGACGGUGCUCAAGAUCCCGUGUCCACAGAAGGCCAGCGAAAUCGAAGGUCGUGGUCGCGGUCGAGGUGGACGAGGCGGAGGCCGUGGUGGUCGUGGCAGGCCUUUCGAUAGACAAAGCCAAACCGGAAAGACGCUGGGAGGAGAUGACGGUGCUACUGAGCUCAAACAAGAAGAAGCUGCCGCUACAGACGCCGUUGUAGAAGGCUCCAACGAGUGGGGUGCUCCCACUGCUGCCACUGGGGGUGAAUGGGGUGCACCCGCUCCCGGUGGUGAUGCCUGGGAAGCUCCCGCUGGCGGUGAUACCACAGCAGACGCCGCCGCGCCGGCCGACAAGCCUCCUCGCAGGGAGCGCGAAGAAGAAGAGGACAACACUCUUACCCUUGACCAGUAUCUUGCCCAGCAAAAGUCAAAAGAAGGGAUUUUGCCCCAGCCCGAAGCUCGCAAGGCCAAUGAAGGUGCCGAAGCCCGAGGAGGAAGAAAGUUACUUCGUCGGCAAGGUACGCUUCUCCUUUUUCAUUAUUUUCCUGGUGCCAAGCCCUCUGCCAAAGCUCGCGCCAAGAAGGAAGAAAAAGUCUAUCUCGAGAUUGACGCUCGCUUUGACCGCCCAGCCCCUCGUGGUGGGGCGCGGCAGGGAGGCGGCCACAAUGGCAAUGCGCCCUCAGUCGCACCUGUCGUCAACGUCGACGACGAGACUGCCUUCCCGUCCCUUUCUUGA